CCCGCCCCGCCCGGUCCAGGCUGCAAGCGCCCGCCGGCCGUUUCCGCUCUCGACGCAGGCGCGGCAGCUCGGCCGGAGAGCGGCGGGGGUCGGGCGAGGAGCGGACGCCGCUGGUCAGGAUGGUGCUGGAGAGCGUGGCCCGCAUCGUGAAGGUGCAGCUCCCCGCGUAUCUUAAGCGGCUCCCAGUCCCCGAGAGCAUUACCGGGUUCGCCCGGCUCACAGUUUCAGAAUGGCUUCGGUUAUUGCCUUUCCUUGGUGUACUUGCACUACUUGGCUACCUUGCGGUUCGUCCAUUUCUCCCGAAGAAAAAGCAACAGAAGGAUAGCUUGAUUAAUCUUAAAAUACAAAAGGAAAAUCCCAAAGUGGUGAAUGAGAUAAACAUUGAAGAUCUGUGUCUUACUAAAGCAGCUUAUUGUAGAUGUUGGCGUUCUAAGACGUUUCCUGCCUGUGAUGGUUCACAUAAUAAACACAAUGAAUUGACAGGAGAUAAUGUGGGUCCACUAAUACUGAAGAAGAAGGAAGUAUAAUAGUAAUGAAUUAGAAUGGAAUUCAAUUGUGUGCUGUAAAAACUUAUAACAAUAUUUUUCCAUUCUUUGUUUAUAGAAGAUCUUUCAAAUGGUGGUCUUAAUUAUUGCUACUCGUUGAAUAAUUAUUUCUGCCAAUUUAUUUUCUUGUUACACUACUGUUUAUAUUUGAUACUUUGUAUAUUCAGUCAUUUAUAUAAAAAUUAAAUUGUGCAACCCUUUCAUUCUGACUUCAAAGAAUUAAUGUAUCUUCCUACAAUAAAACCAACAUUUUUUCAUUUUAAUUGAGAAAGCUUUUGGCAAUGAGUCCGAAGCUGUUUGUUUGAAUUUCAAUAUUUUCAAAAGAAACUGUACUUUAAAAAUUUCUCUCUACAUUAUUAAAUAUAUUAUUUUUUAGUGCU